AUGAAAUUCAUUGCCUUAGCUAUGUUGGUGAUGCUAGCAACAUCACAAGAAUUCAUAGAAUUUUACUCUGCAUUUUAAAAUUCAGAUGUAGCUUAAUUAGAUGGAUGGACAAUAUAAGGGUCAUUGUCAAAAGCAUAGGCUGAUAAUUUCUUUACUUGUUCAGAUGCCUCUGUUUUUGGAGGACCUAAAGCAUUUGGUAAAGGAGCAAUAGUUACCAAAUAAUUUUAAUUGCCUCCUCAUUUUUAGAUUAAAAUAUCUGUUGAGGUCUGGAAGUAUAGCAAUUUUACAAAUCUAGAUUUGAUGCAUGGGACACUUAAAGAUAAUUUUUUUAUUUGGAUAAUUACCUUUGGGAAACAAUGUGGACUGGUAGUGAUGGAACAAAAAGAUGUGCAACUCCAGCGGGUGGUAAUGUAAAUUCAUUCUAAGUUGAUUAAACAAUAACUCAUAAUCAUGCAGCAUUAUUUAUUGCAUUUGCAUCUUCAGCUGAUAAAUCAGCUGAUAAAGUAUAAUCUUUUUAAUAAUCUUUAGAUGUCAUGGGGUUUUAGAAACUUGAAAUUAUCUUAUUUGCCAUGUCCAGCUGAAUGUGGUACAUGUCUUGGACCAGAUGCAAUUGUAUGUUAAAUGUGGGUACCAGUAUCAUCAAGCUGGAUUAAGACUAUAGAAGCUGAUGGAUGGAGUGCAAAAGGAUCUUCUAAUGUUAUUAAAACAAGUACUUGUGCAGGAAUUCCAAUUAUUGGUGGUCCUGGUAAUUUUGGUAAUAAUGUUUCAAUUUAAAAAAUAUUUGAUAAACUUGCACCACAUUAUAGAAUUAAAGUGAUAGCAUAAUUUUGGAAGAUUGAUAAUUGGGAUAAUGAUAAUGCUGUUUUGUAUAUUGAUAAUUAAGAAAAAUGGAAAUAAAAUGUAGCUUAAGUAGAAGAUAAAGAAUUCUUCAUUUGUGAUAAGAUUACUCCAGGAGGUGUUGAUGGAACAGAAAAGAUUAUUAAUGUAAACUUUGAAUCUCCUCAUAAUUAUGGUGCUGCACUUGUAAAAUGGACAUCCACAACUAGAAAGUCAUCAAAAUAAGCAUCUUGGGGUAUAAGAUAAUUCCAACUUUAUGUUGCAUAAUGUUCUAGUAAUUGUGCAACAUGUACUGGACCUAGUGCUGAAGAUUGUACAGCUUGUGUUUCUCCUUAUAUAUUAUUGGAUCCAGAAGAUGGAAAUGGUUCAGGUUGUAUAUUAAAAGGAGAUUGGGUUGAAUUUACAUCAGAAUUUUAAGGUUCUAGUUGGACAGCUAAUGAGGAUUGGAAAGUAAGUGAUGGUAAAAAUGGACCAGAUUUUACAUCAACAUGUGGAGAAUUCAAAUUCUUUGGUGGUUAUGAAAAAACAGGAAAAGAUGCUAAAAUUUCAAGAAAAUUCAAUUUACCUGCUCAUAAAAGAAUUAGAAUUGCAUUUGAAGCAUGGAAAAUUGAUAAUUGGAAUGGAGAAGAUUAUAUUGUUAAAGUAGAUGGAUUAAGUGUUUGGAAAAGAACAUUUGGAUUUGGAGAUCCUGGACUUGCUGAUAUUUGUGGUGGAGAUGGAUUUGAAAAUUAUGCUAUUGUUGAUUUUGUUAUGGGACAUGAAGCAUCUACAUUAGAUUUAGUAAUAUCAACAACUAUUGGAAAAAAUAAUGAUAAUGCUUCAUUUGCACUUAAAGGAUUUAAAUUAUUUUAUGAAAAACCAGAUGCUUGUGCUACUCUUUAUACAGAAUGUAAUUAUACAGGUAAUUAAUAUAUUUAUAUGAAAUUAUAUAGGAAAAUCAUUUAAUAUGUGUGAAGACUUACCUAAUUUCCAAUUAGCUAAAUAUCCAAGCAAAAUUAAAUCAAUUUAAGUACCAGCUGGAGCUAAAGUGAUUCUUUUUGAUGAAAUGGAUUAUAAUGGUAUUAAAAUAUUUAUAUUUGAAUAGGAAAAACAAUUGAAUACUCUGAAAACUAAAAGUGCAUAGAAGAAUAUCAAUACAAAUUCCUUUAAAAAAACUAAUAAAGUUAUGUCUUAACAGCUAACAGUUGA